ACGCUGCACGCACGGCUAUGGUUCGUGGCUGGCUGCACGUACCUUUUGAGGAAUUUAAAAAUAAGGGGAACGGGUCGAACACAAAAUGAAAUUUCACGUACUCCUGCACGUCAACGUGCGUCCGCUUUCGAUUCAGCUCUCCAGUCGACAAGUACGACCGCCGUGCAAUCGUUACGCGUUGACGACGUCCGAGAUUUUUUCGUCUUCUCCAAACGCGUUUUCCCCUGUGCCGUACAAUAGGUGUUUGCGGUUGAUUACUUAAUAUUCAAUUCAUUUUUUUUUUCUAUCGUUAGUAUUGGAGAAAAAAAUCCAAUCAUGAACAAAAUGUCUAUCAUCACCAGGGCGCUGAGUCGAAGGAGCGCGUUUUCGCGUUGUAAGCAGUUGGGCCGCGAGACCACGGCCGUCCGAAGGGAUUGUUUACGGUGCAUGAGUUCAGUACGCACACCACCAGUGCCACCGGUCAUAUCCGGUACUGCUGUUAGCAAAGACGAAACCAGAAGUUUUAUGGCUGUAUUCCCGGAUGUUGUUAGAGAUUUAACAGACACUGGUCGUAAUUUGGACAUACCUGAUGUCACCAAAUGGUUUGCAAAGUUGUUGCAAUACAAUGUUCCUGGUGGUAAGAAGAACCGCGGGAUAGCAUUGGUGCUUUCGUAUAAAAUGUUGGCUUCACCAUCUGAACUAACUGAUGAAAAUCUUAGAUUAACCUAUGUUCUGGGAUGGUGUGUUGAAAUAUUGCAAGCUUUUCAAUUAGUACUGGAUGAUAUAAUGGAUAAUGCUAUUACUAGACGAGGACGUCCAUGUUGGUAUCGGCACAAUGAUAUCGGUUUAGUGGCAAUAAAUGAUGGUAUUCUUCUCGAACAAGCUAUUUACCAAUUGAUUAAAAAGUAUUUCAAGGAUAAGUCUUAUUACAUACACAUUCUGGAGCUGUUUUUUGAUGUUACAAUGAAAACUUCAAUGGGUCAGUGUCUUGAUAUGUUAACUGCUAACAGUUUUAAAACCAAGAAACUGGAAAAGUAUACCAUGGAAACUUACACAGCUAUUGUUAAGUACAAGACUGCAUACUAUUCAUUUUUUCUUCCCGUGUGUCUUGCUAUGCGAAUGGCAAAUAUAAAUGACCCUGAAAUUUUCCGACAAGCGAAGACCAUAUUACUUGAAAUGGGACAUUUCUUUCAAGUUCAAGAUGACUUUUUGGAUUGUUAUGGAGACCCUGAAGUUAUGGGUAAAAUUGGCACUGACAUAGAAGAUGGCAAAUGUUCAUGGUUAGCUGUGGUAGCAUUGCAAAAAGCAAGUCCUACACAGAAAAAAAUUAUGGAAGACAACUAUGGUAUUGACAACCCAGCCAAUGUUAAAAUUAUCAAAGACUUGUACGAACAAUUAAAAUUACCGAAUACUUAUAAACUUUACGAAGAAGAAAGUUAUAACUUAAUAUGUACUCAUAUUCAACAAGUUUCUCGGGGUUUAUCGCAAGAUUUAUUUUUUAAAUUUUUAGAAAAAAUUUAUAAAAGAACACUUUAAUUUUAAAAUAUUUACUGUAAUGGCAA